UUUAGAGUGUAAUAACCCAUCUCUGGAUUUUGUAGUAAUCGAGUAGUUGAUUUCGAAAAGUACUAAAAUAAUAUUAUAGUAUACAGUGUGAAUAGUUUUUUAUUUAUUUUUUCGCUAAAACAGAAAAUUAAUCGAAAUGGCUCAGUGUAAAUCAACAGCUCGGGAAUUUAUUGUAAAUACGUUUUCUCCUCAAGUUGCAGCUGUUUGUUCAAACAACGCUGAAAUCACUUGCCAGAAAAACAAUUUGUCUUUUACAGAAUUGCUUCAACCGUUUUGUAGAUUAAGCUGUGAAGGACAUAUCAAGGAUCCACAAGGAAAUACUAGUGCUGUUCGCUGCCUUCAAAUAUUAAUUCGCGAUGUCAAUAGCACUCCGCCGGAGCCAGCCAUAGCCAGAAGAAUGCUAAAUGAGACUGUCAGUUGUUCUUUCACAGAACGCUCUACUGUAGUUAAUACUGGUUCAAUUGACCUCAGUCUUCCUGUGUCGAUUCCGUGGUUCGAGGCCUGGAGAGACACGUUUCUCAAUGUUCAAUAUCCGUCUGAUCACGAAUUUACAAGACACUUUCUCGCAUGUAUGAUUGUUGUUUCGACAUCCGAUGACGAACCUUUAGAGAUUAUUCAACAAAUGGCUGCCAAGUUGAAUCAGAGUAUUCCAGGGCAACUUCCCAAAUGGUUUAAUAAUAAUGUUCUUCGAUACUAUAUAUUAAUUCACGACACGUAUCAGGAUAACAAGAAGAAAGCCGAAGAUGUUUUCAGAGAAAUGAAGAAUGUGUACGGAGUGAAUAAUUGCUUUCUACUGCAAAUGAAUUCGAGGCCUCCAGGUCAAUCAGACGACAAUAUUCACUUGCCAGACCCGUGGAGUCAAUUUAUCGUUAAAAAUGGAAGCCUUUCCAGUGGCAGUGGGCAGAACAGUUCACCACGAACUCCAGCCGACACCAGUGGGGUUUCAGCAAUGCCAUAUCCAAUCAGUACAGAUAAUGAAAAAAUAAUUCAAGUAGGGACACCAUUAACACCACAAGCAUCGAAUUUUCUGACCACCGACUUUACAGAUUUGGUAAAUACUCCUGUCGAGAUUUCCGAAUCGACCGUUCAACUUGAAAUUGGCCAAGAAGCUGUUCCGACCCAUCAUCCGUUGAUGAGUGAAAGUGAGAAUUCUAAAAUUCAUCUGGAUAAUCCCCCCAUCAAUGUGAAUGUCUGGGCGGACUCCCCGGGGCAAGCAACAACUUCAGUUUCACAUGGAACAAGGCUUUCCUUGGACGAUUUGGAAAGAUUGAAAUUUAUGAUGUCGGAAUUUUAUUUGAAGAGCUUAUUGCCUUAUGUGGAAAGACAAAUUGGCCUGCUGAAUGAUGUUAUUUCAAAUAAAAAGGGAGUGAGCAGAUCUCUCUUUAGUGCAACAAAAAGAUGGUUUGGAACAAGUAAACCCGGAGUUCCUGGCGCUGUUCCCGCAAAUAUUGUAAUAUACACAUCAGAGUCUCCAGAACUUCAGUUACGAAGAUUGGGAGAUUUGUAUUUCAUGUUUGGUCUCUUUGGCCUGGCCUAUCAAGCCUAUCACAAUGCAAAGCGAGAUUUCGCCGUCGAUCAAGCCUGGCUCUAUUACGCUGGGGCAUUAGAGAUGGCGGCCUUGAGUGCGUUCAUGCAGGAGGAGAUGACUAGGAAAAGCAUUGAAUACAUGGACGACGCAAUUUUGACAUACUUGAAUACGUGCAAAAUGCCACAGUUUGCGACGAGAGCCACUCUAUUGAGCGCCGAGUGUCUAAAGAAUCGUGGACUUUACGCAGACUCGGCAAAGCAGUUGAUUAGAAUGACCAGCGAGGAUUCAGACUUGAGAUCUGCCUUACUACUUGAGCAAGCUGCGUACUGCUUCAUCGGACCGAAAAUGAUUCGAAAGUAUGCUUUUCACAUUGUUAUUGCUGGCCAUCGAUUCUCAAAAGCUGGUCAAAAGAGACACUCUCUAAGAUGUUACCAACAAGCAUACGAAGUUUACUGUGGAAAAGGAUGGUCAUUUGCCGACGACCACAUUCACUUUACUCUUGGAAGACAAGCAACUUCUCUGAAGCAAACUUCCUUCGCAGUGAAAUUUUACGAAAAAUUGCUAAAUCCAGUUAGUAGGCAACCAGCUCUUCAACAAGCAGCCUUUCUCAGAGAAUUUCUUCAUGCAACUAACGCUCUACUCCAAGAGUUGAAAGGAGCUGAGGAGAAAAGUCUCUCGUUACUACCACUUCCCCUAAUUGACGGGAAUGAAAUUAAAGUUCUACCCGGUCCAUUUUUAAAAGCGGGAAAUAAUUUGGAAUUAGUGUCGCAAAUUUUAUCCAUUGAUUCAGAUAGCACUAAUUGGUCAAAGCUGGAAGAGCGAGCAGUAGCCGAAGCCCAGGGUUCAGUGCCAAUGAUAUUUAAGCCUUCAAUUUCAAUUUACUCCAGCAAGAGUAACAAUUCGUCAAAAUUGAAUGUGUUUAUCGAUGAACCGAUUUAUAUUUCUGUGCAGUUAUAUAAUCCGUUGGAAAUUCCUUUACCUCUAACUAAAAUUACUCUUCUCUGGUCAUUUGAAGCGGGAGAAAACGUAUUCACAAAUGAAUCAUUAAACAGCGGCGAAUACUUGGACAUUAUUGAGGCUCAGUCGAUUGACAAUUAUGUACUUCAAUCUGGCUCCAAGCAAGAUUUAGUAUUGUAUCUCAAACCGAAAAUGAUUGGAAGUUUAAAGGUAAUUGGUGUUUCAUAUAAUCUCUCUGCAGAUUUAGAAACGCCAAGUCCGAAUGUUUGUGGAAAAAGACUUUUUGAAAUCAAAGGACCGAAAUUAAAGCACGUUAAAGAGAAACCUGAUGUUGUAUUGUACGGAAAUGAUUAUCGACUAUGGAUGAAUGUAGUUGAGAAGGCUCCAUUCUUGGACAUUUCAUUUUCAACAAUGUCUCCUGAAAUGCUCUCUGGAGAGAUACAAAAUGUCGAAUUAACUUUAAAAAACACAGGCAACGCUGCAUUAUCGAAUGUCCACAUUGGCUUCUCAGAUCCCAAGUUAGUUUCCUUUUCGAAAAGUAGAAUUAAUGGAAAAUCGUGUGUCCAUAAAAUUCCUCCAACUACGCUGAAUAUUGGAGAGUGUUACACUACGACUUUCUGGGUGCGGGCACCAACCACUGAAAAUCACAAAUUGGACUUGCUCUUCUAUUACGAGAAUUCAGAAUUCAAGUCUUCGAAAUACCGAGUGAGUAGACAUUCCUUGCAUUUGACUGUUCUCGAUUCAAUACAAAUAAGUGCAAUCGCUCGAACGAGUAGCACUGUCGUAUCUAAAGGUCCGACUUUAAAUUUAAUUCUCAAAAUUAAAAACAUGAAUCAGGUUCACGAUCCAUUUAUUAAUGAAAUUGAAUUAGUGAAUGCAGCUUUUCAAAGUAAGAAUUGGAGUUUAGUUAAUUGUCCGACAAAAGUAACUAAAAUCCAUCCACAACAAACGAUACAUUUUUUGCUCAAGCUAAGACGCCACUCGGUCAAAGACUUGGAAGCUAAAAAUGAACUAUACUCUAAUGUUUCAUUAAUAAAAGACGACAACAUGGAUCCUGUCACAAAUGUACCUUACAUAGAUUUCAUAGAAAGGAGAAAUAUUUCUGCAAACGUUACGUCAGACAAUGCACUGGAUCUGGCCAAAAAGGAAUCGGAAGAUUAUUCAAUAAAUUCAGUUUUAAUUUUAAGGUGGAAAGCGAAAGUUAUGGAAAGAAGUGUUGUUGUGAGGGAAGCUGUUGGUCAGCAGCAUGUAGAUAUUAAAGUUAUUAGCAAAUAUUACAAUGAACCAAUUGACACACCCGAACCAAUUGAAUAUGGUUCAAGGCUCAAAAUAUUCGGACCCGACGCAAGAACUUGUCUCAUCAAAACGAAUAAACAUUCCGAAUGUCAGAAGAAUGUACUUUGGUAUUCCUUGAAGCACGUCAGUUGUACGAAACAUAAUUUUAAGAGGAAAAGGUUCUGCCCUCUUCCAGUGAUUAUGACAAUGCAAAAUAAUUCACCAUCCAAAGUGGAUGUCAAGAUUAAUACCAUUGGAACUAGCAGUCAAACGCAUUUGCCGAGUAUAAAGUCUCAACUCUACACACCGCAAGCUUCAACUUUUUAUCGGUAUGCAGGCCAUACGGCUAUCGAGUGUCGCAUUGAACCAUUUGGACAUUGUAAAAUAAAAUUACUGGCCAUCAUUCCUGCCUCAGGAACUUAUGAUCUAGCUUCGAGGCUUGAUGUCUCAAUCAGACUCAUCAGUAGAAGCGAAUACAUUCCCCAAAAAUGGCACAUAGAAAGUAUUUGUAUUGUUAAUAAUGAAUUGUCCUAAUCCACAAUUAGUUUUCAUGUUUCGAUAUUUAGCAUCAUAAAAACUAGAACAAAAUUUUUACUCAAGUUGUAAAACAAAUUAUUUUAAAGACAAAUACCUAUAUAUAUCUUGUUUACUGUUAAAAAGUAUUGUACAAUUUUUAAAAUAUCUCUAACUUGUAUUAAAUUUUACCUGCUUUUUUCUGCGUCAUAUUUAUAGCUCGACUGAUUUUUGUAAUGAUGAAAAAUUAUAAAAAGAUGGUGCAAUAA